GGCUAGCCUGAGAAAGGGAAAUUCACAAAUGAUUGCCAUACAAAACCAAGACUUUAUCUUGUGAAGGUUUUUGAGACUUGGAUCUGCAGGUUCUAAAAAAGCAGCUCAAGCCGGCUAAUCAAGGUAGAGCUCUGAAAUAUGAAUGUCUGGAUGCUGACGUUAUGCCUCCUAGGCACAGGGUUUGCUUUGCCAAUGUACCCUCAGCAUACUGGGACACGUGGAAUGGCUAGUAUGAGCCUUGAGAAGAUGAGGCAAUAUGGUCGACAAAACAUGAACAUGCUUCCACAGUAUGGUCGGUACGACUAUGGUGAACCAUUUAAUUCAGUCUGGCUGCAUGGUCUUCUCCCACCACACUCUUCAUUUCCAUGGUUACAGCAAAGACCACAAGAACGUGAGACCCAACAGUAUGAAUAUGCAAUGCCUGUACAUCCACCACCUCUGCCAUCGCAGCAGACCCCACUUCAGCCACAGCAACCAAGAUUACAGGCUCAGAAUCCUUCCCUGCACUCAACACUGCCCUCAAAGCAAGGUCAAAUACAGCAGAACGAAGUGUUGCCGCCCAUCCAAGUGGGACAGCCAUCACUGCAGCAAGGAGAACUGCCUGGGAUUCAACAACAACUGGUACCAGCAGACAAGCAGCUACAGUUACCAGCGCUGGAAUAUUCAGGGCAUUUGGGUCAGAUGAUGUACCCAAUUGUCCAUCAGUUAGUCCACCAAGGUCCAAUGCAACCACAACAGCAACCAGCAUUGCAUCCUGCCCUGUUUUACAUGUCCUAUGCAGCAAACCAAGGAGGUGCUCCUGCUAGGCUUGGCAUAGUGAGUUCAGAAGAAAUGCUGGGAGGUAGAGGUGGGGUACCCGCCUAUGGUGCCAUGAUUCCUGGAUUCAGAGGGAUGCCUCAGGACCCAGCCCUCCAGGGAGAUUUCACAACGGAAGAUGAUAACCCUGCUACAGCACAUAAUCCAGCCAUCCAAGGAGGCGCCAACCAGGGCCCCUCAAGAGGCUCCCAAUUUUUGGCAGUGAAUCCUGCAGGCCAUGGAAGUGCCAUACUUCUUCCAGAGGGGAUCCCAGCAGGACAGGAGGGUUUUUUGCCAAAUAUUAACGAUAUGCCAGGCCAAGGGGUCAAUCCUGUUGGUCAGAGAGGAACUCUAGGGGUGACUCCAACUGCUACAGCCCCAGAAUUAACACAGGGUAUCCCUGACAGCUUUAUGACCUUUGGUGCUGAGGGCACAGUACCUCUGGGUAUACAGAAAGAAGUGACCGUGGACCCUACCAUGUUCCCAGAAGCUCAGCAUACGCUCAUGGCAGGAAAUGGGGCUGAACAGCCACAGGUUAUGCAAGAUGUCUGGCAUUUCCAAGAGCCCUGAGCAUAUUUUGGAAACAUACUCAUAUCAUUCAUGUAUACCCUAUGCCUGAUGCACUGGCCAACAAAUCUGUUUAUCUGCUUCUAUGGCAUUAGCAAUAAAACAUUUAAAUGUGUUUAUGCAGCUGUGGAAAUGCUGGUGCAACUUUAUUUUGUUUCUUUCCCAAAUGAGAAAGAAAAAAGCUCUCUUCACAUUCAAGUGAUUAAUAGUUCAACUAAAUCCUGCAGUUAAUUACCAUCAGUUUCCCCCUCCCCCCUAGAAAUCAGUCAAAUUUCAGGUGUUUGUGGAGUGUCCCUGAGAAUAAAACCAGGAUGACGUAUAACAAUUAUUUCUUUUUAAAACUUUGCCUUUAGAGAACUGAGAUGCAUUCUGAUAGACACGUUGUUUCAUUCAAACAGUUAACCGGUGUUUAUGGCCCAAACCCCUGGCUUUGUUAAACAUGUUGGUCUAAUGCACUUGAGAGUUAGUUAGUAUAUAAUAAACUUCUAUAUAAUAA